AACAAAAACUGUGAUAUUCCUUGUUUAGAAUUUCAACCUCACUCUUUGAUUCCUUCAAGAAAAACCCAUUGGUCCAAGCCAACUGACCCUUAAAUAUAUAUAUGUGAAAUAUCGGAAGAAACAUGUUUGUUGGAGUUUCAUUUGAUUUUUAGUUGCUUUAUUUCUCUUUCGAAAGAAAACAAAAGGAGAGAGUGAGAGUGAGAGGUGAAAGAAGAUGGAAAGUGCAGUUCCAUUGAUGGCAAUGGUAGUUCAGCAGUUAGCACAAGUUGGAUCUAUGGUGGCAGCAAAAGUGGCUAUGUCAACUGGGAUGACUCCUUUCACUUUUACUUUCUACUCAAGUGCCUUUUCAACUCUCAUUCUUAUUCCACUUUCCUUCCUCCUCCAUAGAUCAGCUCUUCCACCUCUUUGGCCAACUUUUCUCUAUGGAUUUUUCUUGCUUGGCCUAAUGGGUUUCUUGAUGCAAGUUGUUGGAAUUCUUGGACUUCAAUAUUCCUCUCCAUUACUUUCCACAGCAAUAUUGCAACUAAUUCCAGGGUUCACCUUCAUUCUUGCCGUCAUUCUCAGGAUGGAAAACUUUGACUACAAGAGUUUGAACACAGUGGCUAAAUCUGUUGGGACCUUGGUAUCAAUAAUAGGUGCACUUGUUGCAACUCUAUAUAAAGGUCCUCAAGUUUUUGGAAACCAUUUGAAUUCAAUAUUAACAGCUCCUUCUCAUUUUCUACUCAACCAAUCUUCUGCCUGGGUAAUUGGAGGUUUGCUUAUGAUGAUUACCUCUCUAAUUGCUUCAGUAUUUAUCAUUUCACAGGCAUUUGUCCUUAAGAAAUACCCGACAGAGCUGAUUGUAAUGCUGUUUUAUAGCAGCUGUACUACAAUUUUGUGUGCUGCUUUCUCUUUAAUUACUGAAAGAGACUUGAAUGCUUGGAGCUUAAGCCCUCAGCGCAGAUUAAAGGCUCUCAUAUACUCGGUAAUUAAGUAGAUACAUAUGUUCCUUGAUGCAUCAAUCAAUAUGUACAUUUACCACCAUAUCGAACCUUGUGAAUUGCGUGAAAGUAAAAUACAUCAAACUUAGAGGGUCAAAGAGUUUUAGGACCCGUUUGGCCAUAGAUUUUGCCAAAAUAAAUUUGGGUUUUAUUGGCAAACACAUGUUUGGAUAUAGAUUUUACCUAUAUUUUGACAAAAUUCCAAAUCCAAAAAAUAGCUGGUUUUGGGCCAAAAUGUCACUAUUACAUUUUUAAAAAAUUGUCCCAAACUUUUGUAUUUUAUAAAAGAACCAACUAUUUUUUAUUUUGUAACAAUGUUACUUCAUCUUCCCGUUCAUCUGAUAAUGUAUCAUGUAGAUCAUUAUAAAAAUGAGAAUGUUGUACCAAAUUUAUUUAUGUUCAGGACUAUGAUUUGGGAUAAUAUAAUAAAUAU